AUGCCCCCCUCUGACCCUCUGGGUUCUCCUGUGAAAACUGGGAGUGAUAUUGCCGCCUCACUGGAUGCACACCUGGCCCAACCUGCUGUCAUCCUCCCCACAGGGCCUGGCCACCCCCCCCACAGAAUGCCCGAGGGCCCUGAACUGCAUCUGGCCAGCCACUUUGUGAACGAGGCAUGCAGGGAGCUGGUCUUUGGCGGGUGUGUGGAGAAGUCACCUGUCAGCCGCAACCCUGAGGUGCCCUUUGAGAGCAGCGCCUACAGCAUCUCGGCUUUGGCCCGCGGCAAGGAGCUGCGCCUGACCCUAAGCCCCCUGCCUGGGGCCCAGCCCCCGCGGGAGCCACUGGCCCUUGUCUUUCGCUUUGGCAUGACGGGCUCCUUCCAGCUGGUGCCCAGCGAUGCGCUGCCACCCCACGCCCACCUGCGCUUUUACACAGCUCCACCUGGCCCCCGACUUGCCCUCUGCUUUGUGGACAUCCGCCGAUUCGGCCGCUGGGACCUCGGGGGCGAGUGGCAGCCAGGCCGCGGGCCGUGUGUCUUGCUGGAGUAUGAGCAGUUCAGGGAGAAUGUGUUACGAAACCUAGCAGACAAGGCCUUUGACCGGCCCAUCUGUGAGGCCCUGCUGGACCAGAGGUUCUUUAAUGGAAUUGGCAACUAUCUGCGGGCGGAGAUCCUGUACCGGCUGAGGAUCCCCCCCUUCGAGAAGGCCCGCACAGUUCUGGAGGCCCUGCAGCAGCGCAGGCCGAGCCCGGAGCUGACCCUGAGCCAGAAGAUCAGGGCCAAGCUGCAGAACCCUGACCUGCUGGAGCUGUGCCACUCGGUGCCCAAGGAAGUGGUCCAGCUGGGGGGCAAAGGCUACGGGUCGGAGAGCGGGGAGGAGGACUUUGCUGCCUUCCGAGCCUGGCUGCGGUGUUACAGCGCACCAGGCAUGAGCUCCCUGCGGGACCGGCAUGGCCGCACCAUCUGGUUCCAGGGGGAUCCUGGACCCCUAGCACCCAAAGGGGGCAAGUCCCGCAAGAAGAAGUCCCAGGGAGCACAGCAGGGUCCUGAGGUCGGAGUGGAGGUUCCUCCAUCUCCAAACAAGGCGCCUUCAAGGACACAAAGGGCACAGAGAGGACUUCCUAAACAGACUACAGCCCAGGUGCCCGAGGGGACCAGCCUCCAACAGGACCCAGAAGCCCCCCUGGUCCCUGACAAAGGGAAGAGAAGGAGGCGAAAAGCAACCUCAGGCCGCCAAAGAACCCGAAAGAUCAAGGCUGACACCCCAUCCUUGGAGCCUGAGGGAACCUCAGCCUCCUAGCAAGAGGCUCUUCUUGCUUGUAUCCACCCCUCCUCCUGGCACCCUGGAUCUGGGCCUGUGUGGCUUCCUCGAAGUUGCAGGAACUGGAUGCUCUGACCCUAUGGCCAUUUCCUA